GAGGAGGAGGAGGAGGAGCCACAAAACCCGUGGUCUCGGGCUGGGCAUCGAUGGCGACGGUGCUGAUCCGGGAGGCCGCGGAGGGAGACUGUGGGGCAAUCAUGAAGAUGAUCCGGGAAUUAGCAGAAUUUGAAAAACUCUUAGAUCAAGUGAAGAUCAGCGAAGGAGCCUUGAAAACUGAUGGCUUUGGUGAAAAUCCUUUUUUUCACUGUCUGGUGGCUGAGGUUCCUUCAGAACUCAGCAAUCCCCUGGGUUCCACUGUGGUGGGCUAUGGCCUAUACUAUUUCACCUACAGCACUUGGACAGGACGAAAUGUGUACCUAGAGGAUAUCUAUGUGAUGCCGAAAUAUCGGGGUCAGGGGAUCGGUUCCAAGCUUAUCAAGAAAGUGGCUGAGGUUGCCCUAGAAAAUGGCUGCUCCCAGUUCCGUCUAGCUGUCCUCGACUGGAAUCAAAGUGCCAUGGACUUCUAUAAGGCCAGGGGUGCCAAAGAUCUCACUCUAGCAGAAGGUUGGCGUUUCUUUCGAUUUGAUACUGAAGCAAUGAGAGAGCUGGUGAAGAAGUAAGAUGGGAUGUCUGGGUCCUUUAGAGUCCAGACAUUUCCUUUGGAUCAACUAUUUCCCUCAGUUCUUAUUCCCCUCAGGUAUAUUGAAGUCCUUUCCCUAUGAUCAUCUGCUUCAUAAUGGUUAGGAGUUUAAAAUGGAAAAUAAAAAAUAUAUGUAUCACAAA